AUGGCAUUGAUUUCUGAGCUAUUGGCUAACGUAAUACUCUUGGUGACAUGGCCUUUCUCUCUACUUAAACUGGCAUGCUUAUUUGGUAUAAGAACUGCAUUACUUGUCAUUUAUACUUGGAUGGAGUUGCUCGGGGCUACAAUUAGCUUAAUUAUCACAUGGACAUUUGGGUUAGUCUCCCUACCUGCAAGAGUUGUGAAUUACUUUCAAAGGGAGAGGCAGCUGGAACAAAUACUCCAUCAAAUGCAGAAAGAACUGGAGAAACGAGCAUUGGAUCAGAAGGAACUUCAAGAACAACUCGAAAUGGCUGUCAAAGAACGCAAGUUGAUGGAGUUGGUAGUAGCAGAGGUUGAAAAGGAACAUGAUAUGGCCAUUGCAAAAAUUGAAAAGUUAGAGAGUAAGUCCCGGGAUCAGACAAACGAAAAUCUUCGGCUCAAAGAGAUUCAGGGAAAGAAAUACUGGAGCUCCAAAGAUAAACAAAUCAUUGACAAUGGCAAAAACACUGAUGAAGGUAGCUCUAGCAUUCCCCGUCCUAUCCGGUCAAGGAAACCCAAUUAUAAUGAGACUGGAAAAGCCUUUCAAGAUCUGCUAAAGCGCGAUGACAUUUGGGAAGAUGAGAGAAAAACUAGAAGUGAGUUACUUAAACUCUUGAAAACUGAAUCUGUUCCCCGAGUUAAACCUGAAAAGAUCUCAAAAGAUGAAAAAAUGAGAGAAGUACUUGAUCAUCGUCGAGAGGUUGCUCUUUCACAAUCACUUUUCAGUGCCUUUUUGUCGCUUGUAGUUGGUGUGAUUGUGUGGGAAGCUAAAGACCCUUGCGUGCCUCUUGUUGUAGCUCUCUUUACCGUGGUAGGCAUGUCCUUGAGGAGUGUGGUGAAGUUUUUCUCCAUCAUUAAGAACAAACCUGCAUCUGACGCAGUUGCUCUUUUAAGCUUCAAUUGGUUUAUUCUUGGCACUUUAACCUACCCUACCUUACCAAGCGUUAUCCGUAUGCUGGCUCCAUAUGUGUUACCUCUUAUGAAGCAAACCAUGAACCGGCUUGGUCUCCUUUCCUUGGCUUGACAUUACUUUUCUUUUGGGUUGUGUUCUAUCAUGUGCAGUAUAAUCUGAAUUAUGAGUCUCUUUAUUGUGUUUUGUGCUUGUUACUGCUUGUACAAUGUGGUGUAUCUCUGUAAUUUAGUCGUUUGUGUUAUAUUCUGUUUUCUCAGUUUCCACCACCCAAACAUGGAAGGGGAUAGGAAAUAAGUUUGU